AUGGAUAACCAAAGACAGUUCACAAUAAUUGGACCAACUCAACCUCUCAUUGCUCAUGUUGGCAAAGAAAUUGUGUUCUCCUGUCACUUAAAUCCUUCAAUGGAUGCCCAGGGCAUGGAGGUGAGAUGGUUCCGUGACCAGAUCCCAUUUGUGGUACAUAUGUAUCAAGAUGGCCAGGAUCACGUGGAAUUGCAAAACAAGGAGUACCAUGGGAGGACUGAGUUUCUGAGGGCAAACAUUACCCAAGGCAUUGUUGCAUUGAGGCUCCGUGACAUCCAUCCAUUGGAUGAAGGCCAUUAUGGCUGUAUGAUUCGAACCCUAACAUUCUACAAUGAGGCACGUUUUCUAUUGCAGGUUGCAGUGGAUGUUACUCUGGAUAUAGACACUGCUCAUCCAUAUCUCCAAAUCACUGAAGACAAAAAAAGCGUGAAAGGAGGUGAUGUCUUUCAGAAACUAUCAAAAUGUAAGCAGCGGUUUGAUAAUUUGGUCUGUGUAUUGGGUGAGCAAAUUUUCUCCAAAGGUAAACACUACUGGGAAGUAAGUGUGAAAGAGAAAAUAAAAUGGACCCUGGGCGUUUGUAGUGAUUCAGUCUGCAGACAGGGGGAAAUCCAGGUCUCCCCAGAGUUUGGGUUCUGGACAAUAUGCUUGAAUAGAAGUAAUGACUAUCAAGCUCUUGCAAAUCCCCACGUGACACUCCAACUUGAAGAAUCGCCUGAGAUCAUUGGAAUCUUCUUGGACUAUGAAGCUGGAAGGGUCUCCUUUUACAAUGUGACCAACCUGACCCACAUGUACACCUACCAAAAGCACUUCAGAGAGGACCUGAGGCCUUACUUCUAUCCUGGCCCUCUCAGAGGGGGUCUGAAUGGACAGCCUCUCACAAUCCUGCCUUUAGGUCAUAUAGAACAAGCCACAGAAGAAAAUGAUUGUGGAACUGAGGAACACUCCUCAUGUUUUAAAUUUGCUGUCAUUUGA